GGAGGGGUUUAUCGAUAGGACCGGGUGUCGAGACGCGGCAGCCGGUAUGACGUGAUUACUAGGCCGGCUCACCACCAGCAUAGCACCGCCGGCGUCCUGCCAAUUUUUAUGAUAUCCAGCCGAUACAGCAUGCACACCGCUGACCUAAGCAAGUCACCUACAGCAUACCUACCUACUUCGAGAUCCCUCCUCCUCUCAACUCGUCAAGCAGCGUGGGCGCAUUAUCCAUUCUCGACCACCCUUCCCUUCCUCCUGCUACCAGGCCGCAGGGCGCACCUAACCCGGAUUCCUCGUGCCUAACAUCACCGUCUGCCGCGCCAGCAACCAACGACACCAUGUUUCGACAGGGUGCGCGACGGCUAACCACCACGGUGCGCAGAGCCGCCGCCGCCGCCGCCACUACCACCGCGCCCGCGCCAGCAAACGGCCCGAGUCCCCACACUAUAGCUGUCUCCAAAGCGCAGGGCAUCGCGAAGGGCUUGACCGGCGCGAUCGGGAACACGCCGCUGAUCCGGCUGAACAAGCUGUCGGAGGAGACGGGCUGCGAGGUGUUAGGGAAGGCCGAGUUCAUGAACCCGGGUGGCUCGGUGAAGGACCGCGCGGCGCUGUACGUCGUGCUGGACGCCGAGGAGCGGGGCCAGCUGCGGCCGGGGGGCACGGUGGUGGAGGGGACGGCCGGCAACACCGGGAUCGGGUUGGCCCACGUGUGCCGGUCGCGGGGGUACCGGCUCGUCAUCUACAUGCCAGACACGCAGUCGCAGGGCAAGAUUGACUUGCUGCGGCUGCUCGGCGCCGAGGUGCAUCCGGUGCCCGCGGUGCCGUUCGACGACCCGGCCAACUACAACCACCAGGCGCGGCGGCACGCCGAGGCGCUCGACAACGCCGUGUGGACGAACCAGUUCGACAACACGGCCAACCGCCGCGCCCACAUCGAGACCACGGGCCCCGAGAUCUGGGCCCAGACCGUGCUCGCCGGCAGCGCGCUCGACGCCUUCACCUGCGCCACCGGCACCGGCGGCACCCUCGCCGGCGUCACGCGCUACCUCAAGGAGGUGUCGGGCGGCCGCGUGCGGUCGUACCUGGCGGACCCGCCCGGCAGCGUGCUGCACUCGUACGUCCAGUCGGGCGGCCGGCUGGCGGAGCGGCGCGGCGGCAGCAUCACCGAGGGCAUCGGCCAGGGCCGCGUGACGGCGAACCUGGCGCCCGACGUGGCGCUGCUCGACGGCAGCGUGCACAUACCCGACGCCGAGAGCCUCGCCAUGGUCUACCGCUGCCUCGACGGCGAGGGCCUCUACCUCGGCGCCAGCAGCGCCCUCAACGUCGUCGCCGCCCGCGACGUCGCCCGCAUCCUCGGCCCCGGCCACACCGUCGUCACCAUCCUGUGCGACGGCGCCUACCGCUACGCCGACCGCCUCUUCUCGCGCGCCUGGCUCGAGAGCAAGGACCUGCUCUCCGCCGUGCCGCCCGGCCUCGAGAAGUACAUCGUCCUGCCCUAGGAGCUCCCACUCCUCUGUCUUUUUUUUUCUUUUUCGUUGUACGAUAGUAGGUGCGGUGGGCGGGGGACCGGGGGGGUGGAGAGGGUCCGGUAGAAGAAAAAGAAGAAGAGGCGUCCGUAGACGGGCGAGGGAGAAAGGGGCAUGGGGAGGAUCAUUUGCGAUCGCGUACCUCCGUCGGUACCCACGUGCAUGCGUAGAGCGUCAAGGUCGGGGGAGACGAGGGAGGGGAAGCUGGUACUCCUCAGCAGAGAGUCAUCCUGUAUUUGUAUAUAUAUACAAUGCGCUUGUACAAUGGUGACAGCAGCAACAGCGACGGUAUGGGCAUAUACCUACCUACAUAUUCACCAAUACAUACACGCAACCCCCACCUGACGAUGCGGCCUGGACCGACCUAAUCCGGGGAUGACCUAGGCAUUCUCUUUUCUCCUUUUUAACCCCUAUCUACCGUCUUCACCCGUACGCAUCUUCCCUCCCCCCCCCCC